AAAUACACAGCUACACAGGGAGAUAACACUCCACUCCGUAAGCACACGCAUCCAAAAUGCAGCUGCAACAUCCCCGUAUCGCUGCAAGCUUGUCGCGCCAGGGCCGCACUGAGGCCCCGGCCAGCGCUCGCAAGCAUUCAUGCUCCUCGGGCUUGAUUUCCAGCGUCGCGUCGGCGCCUCGAGACUCGGCUGGGGGUGCAUCGAGCGUUUCCACGCGCGCGGCGACUGUGGACCGCGCGAACGCCAGCAAGGCUGCCGUCUCUUCCACUUAUGUGACGCCGGAGGCACGUAAGGCGCUGUUCAACCCGGCGAAGGAGCAGGCCGAGGAAGCGGCCUGCUCGCUGGUGUCCGGCUCCCUGCCGGCCUGGCUGAACGGCAGCCUGUUCUUCAACGGCUGCGGCGAGUACACGGGCAUGGACCACCUGUUCGACGGCUACAGUGUGCUGGUGAAGCUGCGGUUCAGUGAGGGUCAGGCGUACGGCCGGCAGCGCUACCUGGACUCGGAUGCCUACAGGCACUUCAAGUCCACGGGCCGCAUGCGCUACCGCGAGUUCGCCACCGCCCCCAAGGCCCAGGGGCUGGGCGGCGCCCUCCUGGGGCUGUACGACACCCUGUCUGCCGCGGCGGGCACGCGCGUGCACGUUGUGGCACUGGACGGCAGCGGCGUGGUCACCCACACCGCCCCGCCCUUCUUCACCUUCCACUUCUCCAACGCCUUCGAGCGGCCAACCGCCGCCGCCAACGGUGGAUCUGGAUCCGAGAUCUGUGUGGAUCUGUCGGUGUACGACGACCCCCAGAUCAUCAACGACCUGCGGGUGGACAACCUGACGGCCUUCCCCGGCGGCGAGAUCUCCCCCAGCCGCCUGGCCCGACUCACCAUCCCGCUCACGGACGCCUCGGGCGCACCCGCCGGCCCCACCACCCUGGCCGCCCCCGCGCCGCUGCUGCGGGACGAUGCCGCGUACGGCAACUACAUCGAGUUCUGCGCCUUCAACCCCGAGUACAAGUUCAAGCCGUACCGCUACACGUACGGCACAGCCGCCGUACGGCCCACCAACAUGGCCAACGCACUGGCGCAGCACGACACGGAGGCCGGCACCAGCCGGGUGUGGCACGAGCCCGGGUCCAUGCUGUCCGAGCCGUCCUUUGUGCCGCGGCCCGGCGCCACCGAGGAGGCCGACGGCGUGGUGCUCAGCCUGCUCACACGCGGCGACGGCGGCGGCAGCCAGCUGCUGGUCCUGGACGGGCGCACCUUCACCGAGACCGCCCGGCUGCAGCUGCCCUUCGCCGUGCCCUUCCGCUUCCACGGAGCCUUCGUGCAGGGGCAGCAGUAGAGCCCGGGCGGCGGCUGCUGCUGCAGGCCAGCUAUGAUAGCAGGGCGGCAGGGCGGCUGCGGGACUGCAAUGCAUUGAUCUAGCCCAGAAGGUGUUACUAUCUAGGUGGAUAAGGUGUUCAGUGAUAGCAUCAUAGGAGUCCAUGCAUGUGACUGAAACAAUCGAAAGCGACCAUGUUGAUGAUGUUAUUUCUAUGGAAAGCAAGGCCAAGCCAUGCGCAUUCCUUCACGGAAGACACCAACCCAGGGGAUGGCCAUCGCCCCUGCACCGAACUCAAUAGGCACGGCACCGACUUGUACGCAUACACAAAAGGUUCGCCAUGCCUGACACAAUGCUUUACGAUGCCUGUGGCAUUAGCCAGGCACCCGACGCAUUGAAAGGGGCUUGAUACUUGAAAGGGCUGACCGGCUGAGCUCAGGCUUCCGCGCUGAUUACGGGAUGGGCUUGUGCGUGUUGCGUUCUUUCAAGCAUAUCAAUAACGGGUAGGUAAGAGAGCCAGAGGCGAUGCCCAGGGGGCACCUGCGUCAUCAGCGGGCUUUGUAGAGGUAUUCAAUUGGUCUUGUGCCGUUUGGCGCUUGCGUGCGCGUGUGCUGCUGGGCGGCACUGGCAUUCGCCGACUGGUGUCGCUUUCAUCAGUACGAAGCGAGAAAGCAGAGCGCCCGCCGCGCGCAUCAGAUGUGUGCGAUGAUGUGGUCCUCGCUGGAAGGGUGGCUGCAAUGUAAGGAGCGUGGGCGUAUGCACGGUACACCUGUAUACCAGCGUUGAUAUGCUUACGG